CGUGUCCUUGGAAUUGGAAGUGGGGAUGGGUGUAAAGAUAUUUGUUUUCUUGAAGUGCUAAGCAAUGGUGGUCCCAAAAUAAGAGACAAAUAUCAGCUCUUUCAACGUACCAUCGAACCAAACGAGGAAAGUCUGGAAACCUUUCAAGAUAAAUCAAAAUAUUUGCCCGAGCGUUUGACGAGCGGAGCUGAUGUCAAAUUUGAAUGGUUCCCCAUGACAUUCCAAGAGUAUGUUAAAAAGGAAAAGAAAGAUGACAUCAAUUUCGAUGUGGUUCACUUUUUCCAUAGCGCUUACUACGUUGAUUUCGAAACAGCGCUCGUGUAUUGCUAUGAGAAGGAACUCGGAUCCAAGGGAAUAAUUGCAUGCGCUAUUUCGCAUGAAGAGAGUGCGUUUGUAAGGUAUAGCAAAGAAUUUUCUCAACAAGGCUUGAUCUUGAACCCUGGCCCUUACUACAGCAGCAAGGACAUCACAGAUUUGGCUAAAAAGAAUAGCUGGAAAUAUUUGGAAUGUCCUGGUCACUACAUUGCCUGUGACAUAACUUCUAUCUUCGACCAUUCUUCGGUAGAGGGAAAUCAGUUAUUAAAUUUCCUAACACACUGGGUUGAUUUCCGUGCAACUGCAAGCCAAGAAAAUAGGCAGAAAGUUCUUGAU